UCUCGAAACCUAGUGAGCUGCAGACCUAGGCAGCAUUUUUGGAUAAUUUGGAGGGUAGUAGCAUUGUGAGAAGUUAUUUAAUGUCUAACCAUUCUGGCUAGGUAGGCAGGCACCUCACUAGGUUUGGAGACAUAGCCGAAGAAUCCCGCCCAGGGUUUGACAUAAAACAUCUGCGAUAUUACAGAGCGCAGAACUAUUGCAAAAGAUAUCGCCAAUCAUGCUCUCCUGCGGUCUUGUAAGAGCCGAUCACUUAGCAGCUCGUGUCGCUAGAAAUUUCGUGCCAAUUCAUGAAGUGGUCACGCGAACACUGAAGUCGCAAACUAGCGAUUUAAACGUGCAGAGCACUUCAGCAAUGACGGGCAAAACCAAAACCAAAACCAUAGAUGAUCUACCGGGACCCAGUCUGGCCACUACAGUGUACUGGCUCUUCGUUAAAGGAUAUGCGGAUAAAAGUCAUGCAAUGCAGGUGGAGCACAAACGCCUGUAUGGUCCGAUCUGGCGCUCCCGAUUUGGGCCCUUUGAUGUGGUGAAUGUGGCAACAGCAGAACUGAUUGCACAGGUGAUCCGUCAGGAGGGCAGGUACCCGGUGCGGACGGACCUGCCACACUGGAGAGAGUACAGAGACAUGAGAGGACAAGCAUAUGGACUUCAUGUGGAUACAGGCCCUGAGUGGUAUCGCAUGCGCAGUGCCCUAAACCCUAAGAUGCUCAUUUUGAAAGAAGUAUCUGCGUAUGCGCCCAUCAUUCACGAGGUUGUGACUGAUCUGUUACAGCGCUUGGAGCUCCUGCGUCUGCGCAGUCAGGACCAGGUCACCAUUAAUGACCUGGCCGCUGAGCUCUACAAAUUUGGGUUUGAGGGAAUCUCCUCAGUCCUAUUUGAAACGAGGUUAGGUUGUUUACAGGAGGAAAUUCCCACAGCCACACUGCGCUUCAUAUCUGCCGUUAAUGACAUGUUGACGCUCUCGGAGAGUGUUCUAUUCUUCCCACACUGGACACGUCGCAUUCUCCCGUUCUGGAAACGGUUUGUCCAGGCGUGGGAUGACUUGUAUGACGUAGCCCGACAUCUGAUUGACAAGAAGGUGAAGCAGAUACAAGCUCAGAUUGAUCGUGGAGAGCAGGUGGAGGGCAUGUAUCUCACAUACCUGUUGUCCAGCAACAAACUCAGCUUAGCAGAGGUGUAUAUCAGCAUAACAGAGCUUCUGCUGGGAGGUGUGGAUACGACCUCGAACACACUGUCAUGGACCUUGUACCACCUUGCGCGUGACGCAGAGGUACAGAAACAGCUCUAUGACGAGGUUGUCACGGUGUGUCCAAAUAAAGAGCUGCCCACAGCAGACCACCUGACCAGGAUGCCCUACAUGAAGGCGGUUAUCAAAGAAACUCUCAGGAUGUAUCCUGUUGUCCCUGGUAAUGGACGCUUGACUGUGGACACAGAAGUAAUUGUGGAUAAUUAUUGGUUCCCUAAGAAGACACAGUUCCAUCUCUGUCACUACGCUGUGAGUCACGAUGAAAGUGAGUUUCCAGAUGCGGAACGGUUUGUUCCAGAGCGCUGGCUGAGGGAGAACCCGUCUCGCUCUCAGCAUCACCCCUACAGUUCAAUCCCAUUUGGGGUUGGCGUGCGGGCCUGCGUGGGAAAGAGGGUGGCAGAGCUGGAAAUGUACUUUGCUCUGUGUAGACUGAUGCAACAUUAUGAGGUCAGAGCCGAUAAAGGGGCCCCACUGAUACAGCCCAAGACCCGAACCCUGCUCAUACCCUCUAAACCCAUUAACCUGCAGUUUAUCCCUCGGGCCUGAAGAGAAACCACCAAGAAAUCUGUUUUUCUAAUCAAAUCAGCACUCUUUAUUCAUUUAGUUUUGCCAUCUAUUCCUGCAGGCCCUUACCCACAAAUGCCUAUAUAGGGUAGAAGAUGGAAAUGGGCCAGCAAAAUAAAUAAAAAAUCAACUGAGCUCAAAUAUUUUAACAGAUUGUUACAGCUGAGGUCUUGGAUUGUCUUCUGGGUUUUUGAACAAGCUUUUGCCAAACUUUUUUUGUCACGUUUGCUUCUAUGCAGCAGAACACUGUGUGCACUGUGUUCCUUGCAAUCUUAUAAAAGAGACAAAGACGUUCUGUCUGUGUGCUGGUGACAGUGACUCUAUAAAACCAAGCUGUUUAGUGUCUGAUCAAGAAGAAACAGCGUUUUUAAAAAACACGUUUACUGGCUGUCAUGUUUUUUGCUUCACAGUGGCUCCAAUAUGUUAUUCAUAUUUUUCAUAGAUUAUGAACAUCAGUCAAAUCAUGAUCAAUGGACAUAUUAAUAAUUUGGAAAUACACUUUUCCCUUUUAUAAUAGCCAUAGAGGGAGGAAAAGUGAGAGAUUAUAUAUUUUGUGCAGAUGUUUUUGAGCAUGGUUGAAAGCUAGGGACAGAAAUGCUUCUAUUUUGUAUUUUUCAAAUUUAAUACGGGUAUUUCAUUACAAAUUACAUUACCAGCAUAACAGUUUGAGGGAAAAUUUUAAUGGAAAAAUUUACAUUUUACUCUUAUGUCAACCUGCACUCCAGCUGGCACGGACUCCACAAGUUUGCGGAAAACCUGAUGAUCCAUGUUAUCUCAGCGUGAUUUCAGAAUGUUCCAAAGAGCAUCCUGUGUGCUUAGAAACAUGGAAAUCUGACCUUUUGCACAGAGUUAACAUGUCACACAUUUUCUGACAUUUGAUUAGUGCCCUAGAAAUAGUGCAGAAUCUUAAAUAUACAUUCAAUGUCACAACUUUGUUUUACAUUUUCAAAAUUCUAAAACUUUAUUUUCAUGUUUAAGUGGGAUUUUAAAAAUGUUUUUCAGUGUGGACUUUUGACCCCACUCUAGAUUAAUUUAUUUGAAAUAAAUCUGUUGUCAGAUCGCCCACAUGUUGGCUUACAUCUAGGAAGAUUUCUUUCCAAAGGCAAUACUCAUUUUAUGUCGUUAUACAGUAACCAUUGUAAUAUCAUUGUAAUAAUAGAUCAGUAGAUCAACAUAACCACAGCUUUCUACUAGAAAUGGUAUGAUUGCUUGGAUUACUGAUUUCUUUUACAGACAUAUUACAGCAAAUAACUGAGUAAUACAUAAUUUUUGGAGCAAUACACUUUCUGUCGUACCAAACACUACGUGCUCUGUAAGUGCAAAAGCAUUGUAAUAAAUGGCUUUGGGUAAAAU